GCGGGCAGUCCGCCGGAAGCACCGGCGGCCGCGGCGGCGGAUGGAGGCUGAGCCGGAGCGAGCGGAGGCGCCGCGGAGGGGCGGCGUCGCCGGGGUACUAAAGAUGGGCCGUCGAGCCCGCCAGGACCUCUUUGCAGGUGAAAAACUCAGCACGAAGAAUUCCCCGUCUGCUUCUCUUGGAGAGGUUCCACCACCUAAACCUCCACGCCGGCAAGGAGGCUGGGCAGAUGAUCCUGUGCAGGCAUCUACCAAGUCAGGAAGAAAGCAUGCAGAAGAAAUAGAAGACCAUCGUCUCAGACAGCAGAGCCUGGAGGCAUCAGAUGAUGGAGGAGGACUGGAUGAGUCAAGAGAAAUCUCAGGAAAAAUCCACAGGAUUAAUUUCAAGACAAGCACUAGACAACUGUGGGGAGCACAGAAAUUCAUUAAAGCCUCUAGGAGGGAGAUUAGGCAGACUGUUCUGGGAGAGGAAUUUUCCAUGUGGGCUCAGCAAUUGGAGAGAAGAAAAGUGAUAUAUAAACAAACUCCAGAACAUGAAUAAAAUUACUUUUUGGAAUAAGCAGAGAGAUACAAAUAACUGCCUAGUGUAGAAGGCAGGGAGUAGCAUGCUGUGGCUGUGCAGUAAACUGAGCUGUUUCAACCUCCCCUUUGCAUAGAACUGCACUUGAGUUUGUGUCCUUAACUGGAACAGUAAAGCUCAGAUUCUAAACAAACAAAAAUCAAGACAUUGGUGUAUGGAUCCCCAAGGAUGGGUCAUGGUUAUUUUGUGCUGCAUAAUGUCUUAGCUUGUACACCUUAAUAUGAACAGGCGCGGUUGCGUAAUGAUUGCUGCUGUCAACCAAUACAUUUGGAUCGCCUUCCUUUAACCUAUUAAAAAGCUGAGCUGUACCAUUCCAUUAACAUUGUUUGUCCCCCAUCCAACCUUUUCAUUAGAAGAAUGAAGGACAAAACUAUAUGCCCUUAAAAAGGUGUUCUUGUGAAUUUGAAAUGUGCUUGUUUGUUGUGAUCGUUUAUACAUCACUAACAGCCAAGGGCUCUGAGUUUGGAGUCCAUUUGAGAAUGUGUUAAAAAAGUACAGGGGCUGUAGAGAACCCAGUUUGGCAGGUGGAGGGAAGUUUGCACAGCCAAGUAGAGACUUCUGGGCUUGACAGGCCUUGUAGUUUCAGAAAUAAAAGUAGA